UUCGCGUGCUCUUGUUUUUGAAAACGUUUCAAAGCCAAGGCAUAGCCAGCGAAGCGAGGCCUAUCAGAAUCAACCCACCGCCAACAAAGGGAGAAGAACAAACAAACAACCAAGAAAUCAAAACCAUAAACAAAGAGAACAAGAGAGAGAUUUGAUUCUCUUUCUCUCUCGCCGUAGUCGUUUAGGCGGAGCCUCUGUUUCUUUUUUCUGGUUAGCAUUUGGAGGAGAAAAUGGCGGAUUCGUACGUGUGGGGAUGGAUCUUGGGCUCCGUGAUGACGCUGGUUGCGUUGUGCGGUGUCGUUUUAAAGAGACGGAAAGGGAGCGGAAUCUCCGCCACGAGGACUGAGUCCGUGAAGUGCGUCUCCUCGAUCAACGGAAAAUGCAGAUCCGCUGACGGUAGCGACGCUGAUGUCAUCAUCGUUGGAGCUGGCGUUGCUGGCUCCGCCCUCGCUCACACUCUCGGCAAGGAUGGACGUCGAGUGCAUGUGAUUGAAAGAGACUUGACAGAGCCUGACCGUAUUGUUGGAGAAUUGCUACAACCAGGGGGCUAUCUAAAGUUAAUUGAGUUGGGACUUGAAGAUUGUGUGGAGGAAAUUGAUGCUCAGCAGGUAUUUGGUUAUGCUCUUUUCAAAGAUGGGAAGCAUACCCGACUUUCUUAUCCCUUAGAAAAGUUCCACUCAGAUGUAUCUGGUAGGAGCUUUCAUAAUGGACGUUUCAUACAGAGGAUGAGGGAGAAAUCAGCUUCUCUUCCCAAUGUACGUUUGGAGCAAGGGACAGUUACUUCUCUACUUGAAGAAAAGGGAACAAUUAGAGGAGUCCAGUACAAAACUAAAGAUGGCAGGGAAUUGACAGCAUUUGCACCCCUGACCAUUGUCUGUGACGGUUGUUUUUCAAACUUGCGUCGCUCCCUUUGCAACCCUAAGGUAGAUGUACCCUCUUGUUUUGUGGGAUUGGUCCUGGAGAAUUGCAAUCUUCCAUACUCAAAUCAUGGGCAUGUUAUACUAGCAGAUCCUUCCCCCAUUUUGUUCUAUCCUAUCAGCAGCACAGAGGUUCGCUGUCUGGUUGAUGUACCUGGUCAGAAGGUUCCUUCUAUUGCAAAUGGGGAGAUGGCAAAUUAUCUGAAGACCAUUGUGGCUCCUCAGGUUCCUCCAGAAAUCUACAAUUCAUUUGUAGCAGCUGUUGAUAAGGGAAAUAUUAGGACAAUGCCAAACAGGAGCAUGCCAGCUGCUCCUUAUCCCACUCCUGGAGCCCUAUUAAUGGGAGAUGCAUUCAACAUGCGCCAUCCAUUAACUGGUGGAGGAAUGACUGUGGCAUUAUCAGAUAUUGUUGUCCUCCGCGAUCUACUAAGGCCUCUGCGUGACCUCAAUGAUGCACCUACCCUCUGCAAAUAUCUUGAAUCAUUUUACACCUUGCGUAAGCCUAUAGCAUCUACUAUCAAUACCUUGGCAGGUGCCUUGUAUAAGGUGUUCUGUGCUUCACCUGAUCAAGCAAGGAAAGAAAUGCGUCAGGCUUGCUUCGAUUAUCUAAGCCUUGGUGGUGUAUUCUCAACAGGACCUAUCUCUUUGCUCUCUGGUUUGAACCCUCGCCCUGUGAGCUUGGUUCUGCAUUUCUUUGCUGUGGCAAUAUAUGGUGUUGGUCGUUUACUAUUGCCGUUCCCUUCACCUAAGCGAAUCUGGAUUGGAGCUAGGCUGAUCUCGGGAGCGUCAGGAAUCAUCUUCCCAAUUAUCAAGGCAGAAGGAGUUAGGCAAAUGUUUUUCCCUGCAACUGUUCCUGCAUAUUACAGAGCUCCUCCUGUUGAGUGAGAUCCAGAUAUGGAGAACGGAAAUGCUACGACAAACUAGUUUGUAAUCUCAUUUGUCUUCCCCCUUUUCAAAGUAAUGGGGAAGAGCAAAUGCUCAACUAAGGACCUCAUUCUUUAGGCUGUCCAUAAGGUUUUUCCCCCUUAUUUCCUCAAAAAAAAAGAAAAAAGAAAAAAGAAAAUCCGAGAUUAAAGUAUAUAAUCUUUCCAAAAUGGUGGAAUGAAAUCUUGGAAGAGGAAAUCUACUGCUGUUUUGACUAUGAUUUGUUAAUUUAAUUUCUAUUAAUAUUAAGGACUUGUUCACAGUGCUUACGAUUUA